GGAAGUUAUACCAACGUGCUUGGAUCGUGGCUAUAUCAGGCGAAUCCUCUUCAUAUUUUAAAUUGUCACAUCAUGGCAUCUGCAUUAGAGAGCUAUGUUAAUAAAACAGUAUCUGUGGUGACAGCUGAUGGUCGAAUCAUUGUGGGAACUCUUAAAGGUUUUGACCAGACUAUCAACCUGAUCCUAGACGAGAGUCACGAGCGUGUGUUCAGCAUGUCACAAGGGAUGGAACAGGUAGUCCUUGGCCUCUACAUCGUCAGGGGAGAUAAUGUAGCUGUGAUUGGUGAAAUAGAUGAUGACACAGACUCUGCUAUGGACUUCAACAACAUCAAAGCUGAGCCCCUUAACUCUGUGGUUCACUGACCAGUGGAGCAGGAACCUGUGUUUACGUUAGCCAAUUGGUGGACAUCAGACUCAGUCCACAGCAUGUACUGAAUGAACAAUUUGGCCUUGUUCUGCAGACUGUGAUUCCCACUGUCACAUGCUGAACAUUACUACUGAGUCUCAGCUGAAACCUCCAGACAAGAGGCAAUGUUGCAUCAGCAAGAGCUGAAUAAUGAAAGUGGAACUUGUUUAAGAUGAUACUUGAGGACAACACUUUUUUAGAUGAAAUAGUGAUUAGCAAAAUUUUACCAUUUAUGUGAAAACUGUCUACUUCUCUGUAACAUGGUUACUAUGAAAUAGAUAAUGUUUGAUCUGUUAUUAAAUUACGAUUCUAUGUAAAUAAAAGUGAGGAAAUGUU